UCCGCGUAAUGAAAGAAGUGGACUUAAGCACACAAGUUGGACGUCAGGAAUUUAUGUUAUUCAAUUAUUGGUUUCGGACCUCGGCCGGCGGCUAUUUGGUUUGAAAUACGAUCGGCCAUUGCGUCGGUGGCAGUGCCGCGUAACGGCAGGGAGCGUCCAGAAACGACCGGAGACCCGACCUGCCCGCAGUCUCAGCGACGGAGGCGAUGUACGAGGGUGGCAGCUGCUCGGACCUGGGGACGGCCGGCCCGCUGGACCUGAAGCGCGGCCAGCUCAUGUCCGGCCGGCUCAGCUCCUCCUCCCACAACAUCAAGGAGGAGCUGACCUCCUCCGGCGCCGUGGAGUGGCCGGCCGGCUGCGGCUACCGGCUGCCCAGCUGGGGCGCCGCCGCCGCGCCCUUCGACACCAUCAAGGGAGGCGUGGAGAGGGUCAAGGUGCCGGCGGCGGAGCUGGGCCGGGACAGAGCGGCGGCCUACUUCAGUCCGGGACUGUACCUCAGCAGGGACCCCCUCCAGCCGAGCGGCCCGCCGCAGAGGGACGCCGCCGACCAGGACAAGCGGAUCUCAGGGAGAACCAUUUCCUGCGAGUGCGCCGUGCCGCCCUGCGUGGGCAGGGCGGGUGGCGUGCCGUCGCCUGUGCGGCUGCUACUGGAGUCGCACGCGCCACACGCGGCGCCCCGGGUCGCCGAGACACGCAUGGCCGCUCAGCUGAUUCAGUGA